AUGUACCCACAUCCAAUAGCAACACCCGCUACAAAGAGAAAAGUCACAGAAACAGACAAGAUCAUGGAAGCCAUUGAUAACACUGAUCAACAAGCAGACACAAGUGUUGUCGACAGUAAAAACGCUCGCACCAUCAAGGAAUACAAGAAAAAGUACGAGCUAUAUGAGAAGGACGUGAGAUUUUGGCCAAGAAUUAAUGGAUCCACUAUUUAUAGAUCUAGAAUUGGAAAAGACACACUUUCCAAAGAUAUGAAGUCCUUUUUAUUGGAGAACAAGCAUUGUCUACCAUCAGACGUGCAAUAUGAAAUUGAUAAGAAAGGAACUUUGGAGAAUUCUAAAAUAGGUAUUGAUAGAUAUACUGGACACUUUUACCAGAAGAACCUCAACAACAAUUUUAGCAAGUUGCAACGGAAUCACUCAAUCCGAUAUUAA